CGUGGACGUAGAAAGUGGGAGGGGCGUGUAAACAGAGAGAAUCCCGAACAAAGAAGAAGAAGCGAAUUUACUUCAACUGAUAAACCGAGUGCAUUGAGCAUAUCAUCAUGCCGAUUCGCCGUUCAGCUGCGGCUCCUCCUAAAGAGGACACGCCUCCAGCACCGGCACCUGAGCCAGAGGCCAAAACAAACUCUGGUGAGUCCACCUCUGCAGAGGAGGAGUCAAAGGAACCUGCAGCAGCCCCAGAGGGAGAGGAAAAGGCAGCCACAGGAGAGAAGUCCACUGAAAAAGCUCCAGAAGACGGAAAGACUGGAGAGGAUGGAGAAACUGCGGAGGGGGAGAAAUCCGAAAAGCAAAGCGGAGCAGAUGAGCAGGGGAAGAAGAAGAAAAAGAAGGAUGCUGCAAAGAAAGCAGAGGAGAAGGAAGGAGGUGAGGAGAAGAAUAAAAAAGUAAAAAGGAAAAUCCCUGCUUGGGCCACGAUGUCCGCCAGCAAACUUGCCUGUGCCCCAAAAAGCCUUUCUGUGUCUCAGCCCAAAGUGGAAGAAAUCCUCCUUGAUGCUAUUCAGAACUGUAAAGAACGAUCUGGUGCUUCUAUCUUCACCAUCAUGAAAUACGUAACCAAGAAAUAUUCCUCCAUGGAAAUGGACAAAAGGACGAAAAGCCAGUACAAGCGGGCGAUGAAGAAGCUGGUGGAAAAAGGAGUAGUCAAGCAGCUAAAAGGAAAAGGAUUCUCAGGGAGUUUCACCAUCGGGAAGCUCCCUACUGAGUCCAACUCGAAGAAGAAGAACUCAACCUCAAGCUUGUCAGGAACGAAGGGUGGGACACUGGGCGAGGCUCUUCCGCUGAUCAUGACUCGCCUCUGUGAACCCAAGGAGGCUUCGUACAUCCUCAUCAAAAAAUACCUGGAGCAGCAUUUCCCCCAGCUCAACGUAGAGAGCAGGCCUGAUGUGCUUAAGAACUGCCUGCAAAGGUCUGUGGAAAAGGGAUACUUGGAGCAGAUCACCGGGAAAGGCGCCUCAGGAACCUUCCAGCUGAAGAAAUCUGGGAAUAAGGUCCUUCUGGGCGGUGGGCUCCUAGAGGAUGCGAUUGUCGCUGCGAUCACCGCCAUGAAUGAGCCCAAGUGCUGCAGCAUAAGCGUGCUGCGCAAGUUCCUAGUAGAGAACCACCAAGACAAGACGGCUUAUUUCAUCGUGGCAAACCUGAAGAGAACGCUGCAGAGGUGUAAGAUGAUGGGCUGGAUGGAGCAGAUCACUGGUCACGGGCUCAGCGGGUCAUACCAGCUCAGCUACCCCUUUUACCCGAGUCCAGACAUGCUGUUUCCAGAAAUGAUGGAAAAAAUCAAACAGAAAGAGAAAGAUAAGCUCCAACGGCAAAAGAGGAGGAGAGAGGAGUCGUCCGAUGAAGAAGAUGAGGAUGAUGAUGAUGAUGAAGAUGAUGAAGAAGAAGAAGAAGAGGAGUCGGAGGAUGAGGAGCCUCCUCCUCGUAAGAGGAGUCAGAAGCGGCCCGCGCCCAGAAAGCGCCAACCUCCACCCAGAAAAAAACCCAAGACUACCAGCAGAAAGCCUGCUCCUGCCAAGAGACCGACAGCUUCAGCUAAGAAAACCUCAGCCUCUGAUAGCAAAACAGCUUCCAAGAAGAUACCUCCACCUGCUAAAGCCACGCCUGUCAAGAAAGCAGCUCCAGCCCGAAAACCUAAAACGCCCAUCGCCAAGAAGAUGACAAGCCGAGUGUCCAAGCGACCAACGCCCAAGAAGGCACCAGCCAAGAAGCAGGAAACCUCAUCCGAGUCUAAAUCUGCUGCUCGAAAGUCUCUCAGGGCCAGGAAGUGAUCUCCUAGCGAUUCCACGCUGUCACCUGUAGCUCCCGUCACUGCAGUGCUUUGCUAAUUCUUUCUUUUUAAAAUAAUUUUAGUAGCUUCACUGUUUUCAAAGUGUCCUGUUAGAAAGAUGUUUUGUUUUUGUUCUGAAAUGUCUACCAUAGUGCUACAUUAGAAGCAAUUCAUUUUUGUUUCUCUUUAUUUUAUUAUUAUUAUUAUUAUAUAUUUUUUAUGACAGAGUUCUUGUGUUGAGAGUACAUCCACACUGCUGUGAGAUCUGAUCUGUAGUCGCCACCACGUUGUCUUGACUGUGCACAUAAAGAUGCUUUUUUCCGACUUGUUUGUCUUGGGGUAGGGAGAUUAAUUUCAUCCACACCGUAACCUUUUCGUUCACACUCAUGUUUCAGCAGUGUUUGAGAAUUCUCCAUCGAAGUAUUCGCGUUUUUCGCUCUUUUUAAAGAAGGCUCUCUUCGUCGUUCUUGUGGAUUUACAGUAAUGUAGGGAAAUAGCAAACCUGGAUGGUUCUUUUGUUUAAAUUAAAAGAGAUAAAGUUACACAUGACUGGUGCCUAGUUUUCAGUUUGACACAUAAUUGGGGCCGUGCAGGAUUUUUUAAAAUUGUAAUAUAAAGGUGUAUCUUUAUAUAUUUUUUUCUUUGUGUAAUAAGUAAAAACUUCCAUGAAUUAAAAUAUGUUGAAUGAUAUGUAACACACCCAGUAAAUAAACCCAGUGGUAUUCGGAUUUAGAAUAUUUGAUUUAAUUUGAGCGUUAAUUAUGGCCUGCAUGUAUGUAACUGAUUAUGCUUUUAUGUAGUCCUUAAUAAAGUGACUAUAUUUGUACUCCCAAUGA